UUUGUUUUGAAGAGAGGAGAAGGAGACAGAAAGAGAGAGAGAGAGAAGCGAGCGAUAGACAGAUAGAUAGAUCGAGAGUGGGGGAGCGAGCGAGAGAGAGAAAAGAGGAGGAGGGGGGUAAAAGAGAGAGGAAAAAAAACUUGGUUCGGGCUUGUGCGGAUUGAAGGGAGAGGUGAAGGAGAGGGUUGAAGAAAAGAACAGGAAAAGAAAAAAGAGAAGGAGGAAUAUAUCAGCAAUACGAAUUCAACAGCAGGGAAAAAAGGGGAAAAGUAGUAGUUUAAGAAAAACUCAUUUUUAUGCCGAGUCCGUUAUUUAAAAUAAUUUUUAAAACCAGAAACAUUUUUUUUUAAAAAACGGUUCCUCACCAUUUUUCCCCCCUUGUGAAGAACGGGAGGCUUUCUCUUGAGAGGGAUAGAGAAGGUGGAUGAAUCGUUCUGGCUUUAUUGGAUAGAAGGUGGUGGGGGGGGAGUGGGUUUUAAAAAAAAUCCCCCGUCUUUUUUUUAAAAAAUGUAUCUGUAUGUGAGGUGUCGGGAAUGUGGAAGGAAAGACCGUUUCUGAAGUGAUUGGGGAUGUGGUUUUCGUCGGCGAAGCCGUCGUAACUUUAAAUCUUUCGUUUUCUUUUUCUUUUAGAUUUUCUUUCCCCAAACACCCUCCCUCCCCUCUUCCGUUUUCAUUUUUUUUGGGUGUUGGAGGCGGAGGGGAGGGGGGGGGGUAGGCUGGUUUUGAUUGCCCAUGGACGAUCGACCUAAAAAACCUGGGCCUGGCAUUAGGCCUUAGGCUCUGAGACUUAAGAGAGAGAUAGGGGGGAAUUAAUUAUUUUCUGUUACCGUGCGGGGGGGGAGGGAUUUAAACCUUCGAUCAAUCCGUAGCUUUUGCGGUUUCGUUUAAAAAAAAUCCAAAAAGUUGUAAGGUGUAAUUUUAAAUUCGGGAAGAAAUGGCAGAGAAUCUCUUGGACGGACCGCCUUCAGCAAAGCGGCCUAAAAUCUCCUCCCCGGCUCUAUCAGCCAGCGAUGGCACAGAUUUUGGAUCCCUAUUUGAUCUUGAGAAUGACUUGCCAGAUGAACUGAUUCGUUCAGAUCCAUUAGGACUGACCAAUGGUGGUGAUCUGGCUCAGCUUACUGGUGUUGGAAUGGUGCAGGAUGCUGCCUCAAAGCAUAAACAAUUGUCAGAGCUUCUAAGGGGCAGUGGUUCCAGUAUCAAUAUGGGACAUGGAGCAGUCAGUUCUGGUGGUGCCUCAUCACGCUCCAUGGAUAGUCCAGUGCAGUCAGUAGGCAGCCAAAGCCAACAAAACAGUCCCAGUAUAGGAAGCCUAAGUAGUAUGGUAAAGAGCCCCCUAACUCAAGGUGGUCUUACAUCUCCUCCUAACUUGGGAAUGGGAGCAAGUGGAGCAAACCAGAGACCUCCAACACCGCAAUCUGUGAACCCACAAAAACAUGAUCAGCUUCAUACGUCUGCAACUGGUCUGAUGCCUGGUGUAAACAGCCCAACCAACCAAGCUGGGAUGAGCAUCAAUACCAAUAUGAAUCCAGCCCUGAUGAGCAGUGGCAAUGCACAGGGCAUGAUGCAGGGACAAGUAAUUAAUGGUUCUCUUGGUGCUGGAAGAGGCAGACCCAAUGUACAGUACUCAAGCCCAGGAAUGUCCAACACAAACAAUCUACUUGCAGAUACAUUAUCCCAAGGAUCACCUCAGAUGCCAGCAGGUCUCAAAGGACCCCAACCUGGAACAGUGAGCAAGAUGGGAAUGAUAGGCACCCCUAAUCCUUACGGCCAGCCAUACGGACAGAACCCUGGUCAGACACUGGGUACCAGUGGACUUGGGCAGCAGAUGCAAAGCAAAGGUGGCCUAGGGAACAGUCUGCCUCAGUUUACAAUGGACAAGAAACCUGCUGGUGCUGCUGGGAUGCAAAAUUUGCCGCAGCAGUCGUCCUCCGUGCAGCAAGGAGGAAUAGGGCAGCCUCCAGGACAGGGAAUGGGUUCUGCACCCACAGCAGAUCCAGAGAAACGAAAACUCAUCCAACAACAAUUGGUUCUGCUCUUACAUGCACAUAAAUGCCAACGUCGAGAGCAAGCCAAUGGUGAGGUGCGACCCUGCAACUUGCCACACUGCCGAACCAUGAAGAAUGUUCUGAAUCAUAUGACCCACUGUCAAGCUGGCAAAUCCUGUCAGGUUGCACACUGCGCUUCAUCACGUCAGAUCAUCUCCCACUGGAAGAACUGCACAAGGCAUGACUGUCCUGUCUGUCUCCCUCUGAAAAAUGCUGGGGACAAGCGUAACCAGCAACCAUUACUAACUGGAGCAGCUGUAGGAUUAGGAAACUCGUUAGGGUCAGUAGGAGUUGGACAGCAGAACACGCCAAGUUUAAACACUACCAGUCAGAUUGAUCCAAGCUCUAUAGAGAGAGCCUAUGCAGCACUUGGACUCACGUAUCAGGGUAACCAGAUGCAGCCUCAACCUCAGGUGCAGAACCAGCAAUCGUCUCAGGCUUCACAGGGGCACCAGUCUCUGCGGCCUAUGAAUGCUAUGGGUUCUGGCCAAAUGGGUGUGAAUGGAAGUAAUGUUGGUGUGCAAGCCCCUAGCCAGCAGUCCAGCUUACUGCAUGAUGCUAUGCUGUUGCCAUCUAUGACCUCGCCCAACCCAAUGCUAAGUGAUGGCACAAAUGUUAGUAAUCUAAACGCGGUGCCAACAGCAACGCCCCCCACCAGUACAGGCAUUCGGAAAUCAUGGCAUGAAGAUGUCACUCAGGACCUACGCAAUCACCUUGUUCACAAACUAGUUCAAGCCAUAUUCCCAACACCUGACCCGGCAGCAUUGAAAGACAGGCGAAUGGAAAACCUGGUAGCUUAUGCACGAAAGGUGGAAGGAGACAUGUAUGAGUCUGCCAACAGCAGGGCAAAAUAUUACCAUCUGCUGGCUGAGAAGAUCUAUAAGAUUCAGAAAGAACUAGAAGAAAAGCGGCGCACCAGACUACAGAAACAGGGUGUGAUGCCAAACCAAAGUGGCAUGUUACCUACAGGAGCAGCCCAACCCCCAAGCAUGGCUCAGUUGCAAGCUGGACUCCCUCCAAAUGGCCCACUUUCUGACCCGACCAUUAUGCGGCCAAAUGUGCCAAGUCAGAUCAUGAACCGGAUGCAGACCCCAACUGGAAUGAACCAAUAUUCACAGAUGAGCAGCAUGCAGAUGGCUGGCCUGGGACAACGUUUAAACCCUCCACUACCACACCCUGGGCAGAUGACGCAAACAGGACCCAUGAACCAGAUGGGAUUAGCCACUUCCCGAAUGGCACAGCCAAUGGCUGCGCAGCAUCCUGCUCAAAAUCAGUUUCUGUCUCCAAAUCAAUUUCCUGUAUCCUCCCCUGGAAUGAACACUGGCAGCACCACGAUGACACAGGCCAGCAACCAGCCAGUCAUGUCUCCGGCGCAGAACUCAUCACUACCUGUAAACAGUUCUGCCUCCAUGCAGCCAGGAGCCCAGAAUACCCAGUUUAACUGUCCACCAUCUCUCUCUCAGCCAUCACUUCAUCAAAACUCCCCAUCCCCUGGUCCAAGAAGUCUCACACCCACCCCUCACCAGACACCACCGAGCAUUCCUCCACAACAAAGGCAACAGACACCAUCACCUAACUCUCAGCCCCAGACAAUGCCACCCCCUCCUUCUCAAGUUCAGACACCACCACAAAUGCAGCAGCUUCCUCCUCCUCCACCAGUCCCUCCACAACCCCAAGUGGCAGCUGGACAGAAGCAGCAACAACGAGAGCGGGAUCCACAGCAGCCACCAUCAUUGCCCCCGUCAACACAGCAACAAAAUACAACCCCUACAACCCCUACACCUACUGCUCCGAUACAGUCUCAACAUCCAACUACUCCACUUUCACAAUCCGCAGUAAGCGCAGAUGGCCGCGUGUCAACCCCAGCAUCAGUUAGCAGUACGGACACAAAUUCUCAGCAGCCACCCCCUGAGGCACCAGUGUCUGACAUUAAAAUGGAGGAAAAGCAAGAAGAAGAAGAAGCUGAGCCAGAAACUGUGGAACCAAAGCAAGAAAUAAAACAGGAGAUAAAAGAAGAACCUGCAACUGAAGAGUGUAAACAGGAGCCGAUGGAGGCAGAUGAGAAGAAACCAGAGGUGAAAGGUGAAUCAAAAGAGGAAGAAGAUAAUGCAAGCUUAGCAACUCAGUCAUCCCCUGCCAGUGGACAGUCACGCAAGAAGAUUUUCAAGCCAGAAGAGUUGAGGCAGGCACUAAUGCCGACACUGGAAGCACUUUAUCGUCAGGACCCUGAGUCACUUCCUUUCCGGCAACCUGUGGAUCCUCAACAACUGGGUAUUCCUGACUAUUUUGACAUUGUAAAGACACCGAUGGACUUGUCUACAAUCAAGCGUAAGCUGGAUACUGGCCAGUAUCAAGAGCCAUGGCAGUAUGUUGAUGACAUUUGGUUGAUGUUCAACAAUGCCUGGCUGUACAACCGCAAGACAUCACGUGUGUAUAAGUACUGUACAAAGCUGGCAGAGGUCUUUGAGCUGGAGAUUGACCCUGUCAUGCAAAAUCUGGGAUAUUGCUGUGGUAGAAAGCUGGAAUUUUCACCGCAGACCCUCUGUUGCUAUGGAAAACAGUUGUGUACGAUCCCUCGGGAUGCUACCUAUUACAGUUAUCAAAACCGGUAUCACUUCUGUGAGAAAUGUUUCAAUGAAAUCCAGGGAGAAACGGUCUCUCUAGGUGAUGACCCAACGCAACCUCAAACGACUAUUUCUAAGGAACAGUUCUCAAAGAAGAAGAAUGAUACACUGGACCCUGAAAUAUUUGUUGAAUGUACUGAAUGUGGUCGGAAAAUGCAUCAAAUCUGUGUCCUUCACCACGAACUUAUUUGGCCCUCAGGUUUUGUUUGUGAUCCCUGCUUAAAGAAAACUGGGAAAACGAGAAAAGAAAAUAAAUUCUGUGCAAAAAGGUUACCAACCACUAAACUAGGUGUUUACCUAGAAACCCGUAUUAAUGACUUCCUCCGCAGACAGAAUCACCCGGAGGCUGGCGAGUGCACAGUACGGGUGGUGCACAGUUCAGAUAAAACGGUGGAAGUUAAGCCAGGAAUGAAGGCGAGGUUUGUUGAUAAUGGGGAGAUGGCAGAGUCGUUUCCUUAUCGAACAAAAGCUUUGUUUGCCUUUGAAGAAAUUGAUGGUGUGGACGUAUGUUUUUUUGGCAUGCAUGUGCAAGAGUACGGUUCAGAUUGUCCUCCACCCAAUCAGAGACGUGUGUACAUAUCAUACCUCGACAGUGUACAUUUCUUCCGCCCUCGAUGUCUCAGAACAGCUGUCUAUCAUGAAAUCCUGAUUGGGUAUUUAGAAUAUGUAAGGAAACUGGGAUACACUGCGGGACAUAUUUGGGCGUGUCCACCAAGUGAAGGUGAUGAUUACAUUUUUCACUGCCAUCCGCUUGACCAGAAAAUCCCUAAGCCCAAAAGGCUGCAAGAAUGGUACAAGAAGAUGUUGGACAAGGCAGUGGCAGAGCGAACAAUUCAUGAUUAUAAGGAUAUAUUUAAACAGGCAACAGAGGAUAGGUUGACUAGUGCAAAGGAGUUGCCAUAUUUUGAAGGUGACUUCUGGCCAAAUGUGUUGGAGGAAAGUAUCAAAGAGCUGGAGCAGGAAGAAGAAGAACGUAAGAGGGAGGAAAACAAUACAUCUAGUGAGAGCACUGAUGGAAAGAAGGGAGAUAGCAAAAAUGCAAAGAAAAAGAAUAACAAGAAAACAAGCAAGAAUAAGAGCAGCCUGAGCCGAGGUAACAAGAAGAAACCAGGGAUGCCCAAUGUGUCCAAUGACCUCUCGCAGAAGCUUUAUGCCACUAUGGAAAAGCACAAGGAGGUGUUUUUUGUGAUCCGUCUGAUCGCAGGUCCCAACUCCAAUUCUCUGCCAAGUAUUUUGGAUCCAGACCCACUUAUUGCAUGUGACCUGAUGGAUGGGCGUGAUGCCUUUCUCACAUUGGCAAGGGACAAACACAUGGAGUUCUCUUCAUUAAGAAGAGCCAAGUGGUCAACCAUGUGCAUGUUGGUGGAACUUCACAAUCAGGGCCAGGAUCGUUUUGUAUAUACAUGUAAUGAGUGCAAGCACCAUGUGGAGACCAGGUGGCACUGCACUGUCUGUGAGGAUUAUGACCUUUGUGUCAACUGUUUUAACACUAAGGGACACGAGCACAAGAUGGAGAAGCUAGGUCUGGGUUUGGAUGAUGAGAGUAACGCACAAGGGUCAGAAGCCAGCACUGGGGAUUCAAGGCGUCUCAGCAUUCAGCGCUGCAUUCAGUCAUUGGUCCAUGCCUGCCAGUGUCGCAAUGCGAACUGUUCUUUGCCUUCCUGCCAGAAGAUGAAGAGAGUAGUCCAGCACACCAAAGGUUGCAAACGCAAGACCAAUGGUGGCUGCCCAAUCUGCAAGCAGCUUAUUGCACUCUGUUGCUACCAUGCUAAGCACUGCCAAGAAACCAAGUGUCCUGUGCCGUUCUGUCUCAACAUCAAGCACAAGCUUCGUCAACAACAGCUUCAACACCGUCUACAGCAAGCCCAGAUGCUACGCAGGAGGAUGGCCACAAUGCAGCGUGGAGGUGUAGGACAGCAAAGUCUGCCAUCUCCAAGUGGCACUGCGCCCACUACACCAACAGGACAACAACCGAGUACCCCACAGACUCCUCAGCCACAACCCCCAGCUCAACCGCAGCCACAACCGCAGCCCCAGCCACCGCCACAAACCAACAUGCCUUCCUACAGCAACAUGACAAGAAGUCAACCACAAGCCCCUCUACCGCAAGGCAAGCCAACUGGACCAGUGGUAUCUGCAGCCCAAGUUGUACCUCCUACUCCACAGCCACCACCAGCUGCUGUGGAAAUGGCCAUGCAGAUUCAAAGAGCAGCCGAUGCCCAGCGAUUGAUGGCGCAGCAGCAAUCGUUUCAAAGGCCUGGAGUAAUGAAUCCUCAUGUAGCACCGAUGAAUCAAAUGGCUGGAAUGAACAUGAAUCCGCAACAAUCACAGAGAGGCCCCACUCUCUCAGAUCAGGGAAUGGGGCCAGCCAGUAUGCAGCAGGCACAGUGGGGACAGGCUGGAAUGGCCCAGACUCAGCAACACCCACAGGGAAUGCAACGACCAGUCAUGCAGAUGAGCCAACAAGCACUGCAAAUUAACAUGCAGCCCCAGCCACCACCACCCAUGUGCCCAGUUACAUCAGGAGUGCCUCAACCUAACAGAGGUACCAUUCCCCAAGGAGCCCUACAAGAUUUACUGCGAACACUGAGGUCUCCAAGCUCUCCCAUGCAGCAGCAGCAAGUACUUGCUAUCCUUCGCUCUAACCCCCAGCUUAUGGCUGCUUUCAUCAAGCAAAGGGCAGCUAGGUAUCAAGGAGGCCAAGGUCAGCCAAGCAUGCAGGGCCAGCCUGGAAUGCAACCACAGCCUGGAAUGCAGACUCAACCAGGCCUUCAAGGACAGCAAGGCAUGCAUGGCAACCCAGGUAUGCAGAACAUGAGCCCCAUGCAGCCUGGUGUUCAACGGCCUAAUAUGCCUCAGCAGCAACAGCAGCAGCAACAAAGCAUGGGUGGGAUGAAUGCGCAGGGACAGACCAUGAACAUGAAUCACCCCACUAUGAACUCCAACUUUAGAGAGCUUUCAAUGCGACGGCAGCUCAUGCAACAGAAACAGCAGCAACAGCAGCCAAACCCCAGCUUGGGUGCUGGAAUGGCUAACCAAUUUCAGCAACCUCAAGGAUCUGGUUAUCCCAUGCAACAGCAGCAGCAGCAGCAGAGGAUACAGCAUCAUAUUCCCAUGCAGCAGGGAACCAUGGGACAAGUGGGACAACCGAUGGGACAGAUGAGCCAGCUUCCACAAGCGGGAAUGGGAGCAGAGGGCAGUUCCAGUCUCCAUCAGGCCCUCCAUCAUAGAAUGCUGCAGCAGCAGCAGCAACAGCAGAUGGGUUCUCCUGCUCAGUCCAACUCUAUGAGUCCACAACAGUACAUGCUCCCUGGCCAGGCCCAGUCACCUCACCUCCAGGGCCAGCAUCCAUCCUCCCUAAGCAACCAGGUGCGGUCCCCACAGCCCGUGCCUUCCCCUCGCCCGCAGUCCCAGCCACCUCAUUCCAGCCCAUCGCCCAGGAUGCAGCCUCAACCGUCUCCACAUCAUGUCUCUCCACAGACUAACUCACCACAUCCGGGAAUGGUAGCUGCCCAGGGGAACCCCAUGGAUCAAGGACACUUUGCUGCUCCGGACCAGAGUGCAAUGCUUUCUCAACUUGCUAACCCUGGAAUGGCAGGCUUACAUGGUGCCGCCAGUGACCUUGGCUUGGGUUCGGACAACCCGGACUUAACAGGCACAAACAUUAAUCACAAUACACUAGACAUCUUGUAGCAUUUUGGGAGCAAAUUCUCAUUUUUCGUCUUUACUUAGGGUUUUUGUACUGAAAAACAAUUUUGAAAUUUCUAGGGAGGACUAUUUUCCCAGAAUUCACUGAACUGCAACUUAAUGAGAAAAAAACUGAGGGAUGAUAUUAUACAAAGAAUAUAUUUUUUGUUAUGACUGGUGAAUAGCCAGUCCCUUUUUUGUUUUCCUGUUCUGUUGUUUCAAUUGCAAAUAGCCCAUACCAACAUUUUUUAAGAGAAGGAGAGUUGAAUUCAUAUUUUUAUUUUCUAACUUCAAAGAAUCUUGUAAGCAUUUGUUCAUUAACGCAAAGCAUUUCACAGAAGAGAAAAAAAAACAGCCUGUGCUACAAUAUACAUCUGUUUUUUUUGACAGCAAAGGAUUAUGAUACCUCCUUGUGUAUCCCUUCUUCCCUUACUUUUUUUCCACUUCAAUACAAGGGUUUGAACAGAAAUUUCGAAGUAUUAAUAAUUUGUACAGGUAGAAUGAGAGACUAUUGCACAAACUGGCAGCUGCCAAACGUCCUGCGGAUGUAGAAUAUUGUGGGGGGUUUUUCAGUUUAAUGAUGAACAUUUUACUUUUUAUUUUAUUUUUUUGGUGCAACUAUCGAAGGAUCCUUUAAAAAGACUGUGUGGCUGAUUUUAUUGAACACAUCCCUUGGUUUUUCCUCUUUCAGACUUCUGUGUAAAACUUGAAAAAUGGGCAAACAGUAAAAAAGAAAAACCUAUCCAGAAACGUGUAAAUCAUGCAAUUUAUUGAUAAUUACUUAUAAAUAUGAACUUUGGAUCACUGUAUAGACUGCUACAAUUGAUUUUUUCUUAUUUACCAU